AUGGCUAACAGAGCUAAAAUGGUGCUCUUGUCUACUCCUGGUACAUCGCUAAAACCCUUAAAUCCUUUGAUUGUUCUAAAUAAUUCGACCCCGAAGUUCUUUGCGUUCCUGCCAAUUGUCCCAAAAUCUACUAAGAGCAACAGCAUAUCAAGAAAUGGCAGAACCCAGAAGUUGCCUCGGUGCACAAUCUCCAAGUGGCCCGCAUUAGCCGAGACCGAGCACGAAGAAGAUUUCAAGUCGUCAGACGAAGUUUCAGAAAGUGAAGACGGCCCGGCGGCGGCCGCGGAGGGAAUCGGGCAGACGCCGCCGCCGCCGCCGCCGCCGGUGAGGCAGCAGCGGCGGCGCUACAGGAAGGCAUACCCCGGAGAGAAAGAGGGUAUCACGGAGGAGAUGAGGUUCGUUGCGAUGAGACUGAGGAACAGUGGAAAAUCCAAGAGUCGGGCUAACUCCAAUGGCGUGGAGAGUGAGAAAAAUAAUGAAGUGGAUGGUGAUGCGGAGGAGAAGGAUGAUGGAGAUGGAGACGAGUGGCAGCCGAGCAUGGAAGGAUUCUUGAAGUAUUUGGUGGAUAGCGAGCUGGUUUUCAGAACGGUUGAGAGCAUUGUUGAUGAAUCCACUGAUGUUUCUUAUGUUUACUUCAGAAAGACAGGAUUAGAAAGGUCGGGUUGCAUUAUGAAGGAUUUAGAAUGGUUAAGGGAGCAAGGUAAUGUGAUUCCAGAGCCUAGCAACCCAGGCGUCAAGUACAUGCAAUAUCUGAAGGAACUUGCUGAAAACAGCCCGCCAUUGUUCCUUUCCCAUUUCUACAAUAUUUAUUUCUCCCACAUAGCGGGAGGACAAGUGAUAGCUAAAAAGGUCUCGAGUAAGCUAUUGGAAGGGAGAAAAUUGGAAUUCUAUAAAUGGGAAGGAGAUGCCGAACAAUUGCUGACGAGUGUUCGCGAGAAACUUAAUGCACUUGGAGAGCACUGGUCAAGAGAUGAGAAGAACAAAUGUUUAAGUGAAGCAACAAAAGCAUUCCGUUUUCUGGGGCAGAUUGUGCGCUUAAUCAUAUUGUCAACAAAACUCUAG